AUGGAAGACAAAACACCCAUGCUGGCCAUCGUGCGCACAGCGCAAAACAUCAAGGCUGACGUUCUAAUAGUGGGCGGCGCCUAUGCUGGCCUUUCCACCUUGGUAGCUUUAAAGAACCAUCUCAAGGAGCGGCACGAACGAAAAGUGUCUGUUGCUAUGGUGGAGCCCAAGGCUGGACUUCUCAAUAUCUUGGGUAUACCGCGGGCCAUCGUGGACCCCGAUUUUGCCAAGACACAGUUUGUGCCGUUCGAGAAGCUCGACGACCUUUCGCUCGACCGUUUGAUCUCAAGCGACUCGUACGUGCAGAAUCAUCUCGGCGCAAGCCUCUCUCCUGGACUUAGGGACUACUUGGAUAUCACGUAUGUCCAAGGCAAAGUGUUGCAGGUGGAGGAGAAUUCGGCCCAAUACACAUUGAACGACUCUGGCCAGAGCGCCAAAAUCGACUUUUCUUAUUGUGUAUUGGCUGCUGGCCGUAACAGGCCAUGGCCCACUUCGCCUGAGGCGCCGAACUUUGACGCAUACUUAAAAGAAAUGGCCGAAUUCAAUUCGCAGGUGCGCCAGUGCAAAACCGUGGGCGUGGUGGGCGCUGGAGCGGUGGGAAUUGAAAUUGCUGGUGACAUCAAACACAAGUAUCCUGAGAUUGAUGUGCACUUGUUCCAUCCACAUGCAACCUUCCCAGCAGAGCCGCUCACUGAGAAAUUCAAGCUGACAGUACGAGAAUCACUCGAACGUAGCGGCGUUAAAGUGCACACGGGUGUGCGAGUAAAGGAAGAAGAACCGGGCCAGUUGCUUUUACCGUCGGGAGAACGUGUAUCCGUGGAUUUCACCUACUGGUGCACAGGGUUCCGCAACAAUACAGAAAUUUUGGGCGGGCCGUUGGCACAAUUCGUGUCAGAAAAAAACAACGUACAUGUCAACGAGUACCUUCAGCUCCAGCGGCCCGGUGGCGACAGCGUAGCCAACGUAUUUUGUAUCGGCGAUAUGGUGGAAAUGCCGAUAAUUAAGCUGGCUGGAUGGGCACUUUACAUGGGACAGCAAGUGGCCAACAAUUUGGUUGGGGCAAUGUUUGAAGGUAGGCUUGUGGAGCCGUUCCCGGACCUUUCACAGAUGCCACGCGGGAUGGUGAUCGUGGCUGGAAACGGCGAGAUAGUAUCGGAACUUACAGGUGAGGUGGAAUUGAAUCAUCCGGGAUACGUUGAAGAGUACAAGGAUUAUUGCGUGGGGAAAAUUAGGGCCACAUUAGGGGCAUGA